GAAAGCUCAACGAGUUGAGGAGAGCUUGAAAAAACCUGUCUUGGAGCAAACCAGGGGUUACCCAACACCAAAGAGAUUAAGACCCAGUACACCCAGAAGAAGAAAGAAACAGAAAACCCAGAUUGAUUUCAUCUUGAAAGUUCAGGACUUUGAGUUCUACAGGAGUAUUGCAAAGCUGCUAAGAGUUGUUUCUGGUGAAAGCAACCACACAAACCUUUUCGGUUGAUAUUAAUACAUCGGGGAGUUCUCGUCACAUAUAGCAGAUGCCAAUCUCAUAGCAUGGACUCGCACCAGCAUUUUGGUUUCAGCGCAACUGGUGCAGGCUUAUCUUUUACCUCUUCUCAUCCUACUGUCCCAUCUAUACCUAACAGGUUGCUUGGGUCCUUGAAAUUUGAUAUUGGCAACUCCCCAAAUUCACCUUUUUCAACUCACUUUGAUUCUGAUACUGUUACUACACUGAGCGACAGCCAAGAGCAACUCAGCUCCACAGAAAAUCUCUCAGGAGUCAGCCAUUCCUCUAACUCUCCAUUUGAAACCAACAGUUAUAUUCCUCGGUUAAGCUUAAGCCCUUCUGUGGAUUGUCGUCGAGACAGUCUGCAGCUCUCUUCCAGUAGGGCAUCUUUGUUACAGGAUGCUUGUAGCCCCAAUAUAAAACACGCUUUGCAGGAAUUGGAGAGUGCUUUAAUGGGGCCUGAUGAAGAAGAGGUCACCACAACAAACAUUUUUGGGGAAACUAGCAGAAGGAAAGGACAGAGAUCCCUGUCAUGGAAUCAGGAGCGCCAGGGUGCACAUGUGAUGCAGCGCCAGACUUCCUUUGUUUCAGGGCAUAGACAGUCAGAGAAACGUCACAAGGUGCUUGAUGAAGCAUCUCCACAGGGUUUUCCAGCUGAUAAUUUGCGAAAAUUGCUGAUUGCAUGUGCUGAAGCACUCUCUGACAACAAUAUGGAUGGUUUUGAAAAGUUAAUUGAAAAGGCUAGAGGUGCUGUGUCUAUCAGCGGAGAACCAAUCCAGCGUCUUGGAGCUUACAUGGUAGAAGGGCUUGUUGCAAGGAAGGAGGCUUCGGGCUCCAAUAUAUACCGUGCCCUCAGGUGCAGGGAACCUGAAAGUGAUGACUUGCUUUCAUACAUGCACAUUCUGUAUGAGAUCUGCCCGUAUUUGAAGUUCGGUUACAUGGCAGCCAAUGGGGCCAUUGCUGACGCCUGCAGAAAUGAGGACCGUAUCCACAUUAUAGACUUCCAGAUUGCUCAGGGUACUCAAUGGGUGACUCUCCUUCAAGCUCUUGCAGCAAGACCCAGUGGGGCUCCCCAUGUACGAAUUACAGGUAUCGAUGACCCUGUUUCUAAAUAUGCUCGUGGUGACGGCUUGGAGGCAGUAGGGAGACGGUUAAAAGCUAUCUCCGAGAAAUUUAACAUCCCAGUUGAAUUUCACGGGGUUCCAGUUUUUGCACCUGAUGUCACACCGGACAUGCUUGAUGUCAGGCCUGAUGAGGCUCUGGCAGUGAACUUUCCCCUGCAGCUUCACCACACACCAGAUGAAAGCGUUGAUGUGAACAAUCCGAGGGAUGGGCUUCUGAGGAUAGUCAAGUCAUUGUCUCCAAAGGUGACUACUUUGGUUGAACAAGAAUCAAACACAAAUACAACCCCUUUCUUGAAUCGGUUUAUAGAGACACUAGACUACUACUUGGCAAUGUUUGAGUCUAUUGAUGUGACCCUCCCAAGGAACAGCAAGGACAGGAUCAAUGUGGAGCAGCACUGUUUGGCUCGAGAUAUUGUGAAUGUGAUUGCCUGUGAAGGAAAGGAAAGGGUGGAACGUCACGAGCUCUUUGGAAAGUGGAAGUCCAGGUUGACAAUGGCAGGAUUUCGGCAAUACCCAUUAAGUUCAUAUGUCAACUCUGUCAUAAGGAGUCUGCUGAGGUGUUACUCAGAGCAUUAUAAGCUGGAGGAGAAGGAUGGUGCCAUGCUGUUGGGAUGGAAGGACAGGAACUUGGUAUCAGCUUCUGCCUGGCACUGAUUGUCGAAAACAAAGAUACAGAGGUAGCAGUAGAAACAACUUCGAUUUUAAUUUUUUUAUUUAUAUAGAUUCAUUUUCAUUGCAUAGCCCUUCGCUUUUGUUAAUGAUGUGCACUACGGUAUCAGCCAUUGUAUGUUUCAAUGAUGUUUAUCAUUGUUAGAACACACAGGAAAUAUGAUAGCUGAUUUAUGCCGAGACAAUUGAUUCCAGAACUGAUACCACCAGGUGUACUCUCACUGUUGUUAUACAUAUUCUGCUCUGUAUUUUGAUUCUUUGUUAAAAAGCCGUGCAUACUUCUUACUUUGUU